CUCCCUCCCUUCCAGCCUCCGAAUCCCGCAUGGCCCACCCUCCCCUCCUGCAGCGGUGCGGGGCAGGUGAUGAGCCUCUGUGAACUACUAAGGUGGGAGGGGGCUACACGCAGAGGAGAAUGUCAGAUGCUCAGCUCGGUCCCCUCCGCCUGACGCUCCUCUCUGUCUCAGCCAGGACUGGUUUCUGUAAGAAAUAGCAGGAGCUGUGGCAGCGGCGAAAGGAAGCGGCUGAGGCGCUUGGAACCCGAAAAGUCUCGGUGCUCCUGGCUACCUCGCACAGCGGUGCCCGCCCGGCCGUCAGUACCAUGGACAGCAGCGCUGUCCCCACGAACGCCAGCAAUUGCACUGAUGCCUGGGCGUACUCAAGUUGCUCCCCAGCACCCAGCCCCGGUUCCUGGGUCAACUUGUCCCACUUAGAUGGCAACCUGUCCGACCCAUGCGGUCCGAACCGCACCGACCUGGGCGGGAGAGACAGCCUGUGCCCUCCGACCGGCAGUCCCUCCAUGAUCACGGCCAUCACGAUCAUGGCCCUCUACUCCAUCGUGUGCGUGGUGGGGCUCUUCGGAAACUUCCUGGUCAUGUAUGUGAUUGUCAGAUACACCAAAAUGAAGACUGCCACCAACAUCUACAUUUUCAACCUUGCUCUGGCAGAUGCCUUAGCCACCAGUACCCUGCCCUUCCAGAGUGUGAAUUACCUAAUGGGAACAUGGCCAUUUGGAACCAUCCUUUGCAAGAUAGUGAUCUCCAUAGAUUACUAUAACAUGUUCACCAGCAUAUUCACCCUCUGCACCAUGAGUGUUGAUCGAUACAUUGCAGUCUGCCACCCUGUCAAGGCCUUAGAUUUCCGUACUCCCCGAAAUGCCAAAAUUAUCAAUGUCUGCAACUGGAUCCUCUCUUCAGCCAUUGGUCUUCCUGUAAUGUUCAUGGCUACAACAAAAUACAGGCAUGGUUCCAUAGAUUGUACACUAACAUUCUCUCAUCCAACCUGGUACUGGGAAAACCUGCUGAAGAUCUGUGUUUUCAUCUUCGCCUUCAUCAUGCCCGUGCUCAUCAUUACCGUGUGCUAUGGACUGAUGAUCUUGCGCCUCAAGAGUGUCCGCAUGCUCUCUGGCUCCAAAGAAAAGGACAGGAAUCUCCGAAGGAUCACCAGGAUGGUGCUGGUGGUGGUGGCUGUGUUCAUCGUCUGCUGGACUCCCAUUCACAUUUACGUCAUCAUUAAAGCCUUGGUUACAAUCCCAGAAACUACGUUCCAGACUGUUUCUUGGCACUUCUGCAUUGCUCUAGGUUACACAAACAGCUGCCUCAACCCAGUCCUUUAUGCAUUUCUGGAUGAAAACUUCAAACGAUGCUUCAGAGAGUUCUGUAUCCCAACCUCUUCCAACAUUGAGCAACAAAACUCCACUCGAAUUCGUCAGAACACUAGAGACCACCCCUCCACGGCCAAUACAGUGGAUAGAACUAAUCAUCAGCUAGAAAAUCUGGAAGCAGAAACUGCUCCGUUGCCCUAACAGGGUCUCAUGCCAUUCCGACCUUCACCAAGCUUAGAAGCCACCAUGUAUGUGGAAGCAGGUUGCUUCAAGAAUGUGUAGGAGGCUCUGAUUCUCUAGGAAAGUGCCUGCUUUUAGGUCAUCCAACCUCUUUCCUCUCUGGCCACUCUGCUCCGCACAUUAGAGGGACAGCCAAAGUAAGUGGAGCAUUUGGAAGGAAAGGAAUAUACCACACUGAGGAGUCCAGUUUGUGCAAGACACCCAGUGGAACCAAAACCCAUCGUGGUACGUGAAUUGAAGUCAUCAUAAAAGGUGACCCUUCUGUCUGUAAGAUUUUAUUUUCAAGCAAAUAUUUAUGACCUCAACAAAGAAGAACCAUCUUUUGUUAAGUUCACCGUAGUAACACACAAAGUAAAUGCUACCUCUGAUCAAAGCACCUUGAAUGGAAGGUCCGAGUCUUUUUAGUGUUUUGCAAGGGAAUGAAUCCAUUAUUCUAUUUUAGACUUUUAACGUUCACCUUAAAAUUAGCAUCUGGCUAAGGCAUCAUUUUCACCUCCAUUUCUUGGUUUUGUAUUGUUUUAAAAAAUAACAUCUCUUUCAUCUAGCUCCAUAAUUGCAAGGGAAGAGAUUAGCAUGAAAGGUAAUCUGAAACACAGUCAUGUGUCAGCUGUAGAAAGGUUGAUUCUCAUGCACUGCAAAUACUUCCAAAGAGUCAUCAUGGGGGAUUUUUCAUUCUUAGGCUUUCAGUGGUUUGUUCCUCAGUUUUAAAUGUGCAAUUUUCUUGCUCUUAUUUAAGUGUUCACAAAAGGUAAUAGUCAAUGAGCUCAUCACUUCAUCCAUGCAGGAAGUCAAGCAUUAAAAUGUACUCUUUAUUUCUCACUGGUUUCUCCAUACUGCAGGCUCCCCACAUAUUAUUUUCUUUUUUUAACUCAGCUCAGAAUCCUUAUGCCUUUUGAAUCAGUGUGAUAAAAUGACAGAUGUUUUUGUUGAUUGCCAGAACAGUUUAAACUUUUUUUAAACAAUAAAUCCAAUAAACAUAAUCUCAAGACAGACUCAUAUGACCAUACAGAAAAGUGUGUCAUCUAUUUUUCAAUCCUGUGUAGUUACUUGGAUGUGAAAUAGUAACAAUGGCCCAAAAAUAUUUUCCUGAAGAUUGUGUUUAUAUAAUGUCAUCACCAAUAUUUUGGUCUUUUUGAUCUCUGCUAAAUGUCAAGAUUUCCUUUGUAAAGUGUCGAUCUUCUAAGUAGUUUCUUUAAGACAAUUCUCCUCUUUAACUGAUUUUCUUUGUUGUGAAACACAGUAGAGAUUUGGCAAUCAACCAUUUUACUUGAUCUAGGUAGACAGCCAAGUCAGAUGGCCCAUGCCGAAAAGCUCUCCAUUUUGAACUUUUGUCAGCAUUGAUUAAAAGAAUCAAAUACCUUGUAGUUAUCUAUGACGAUACAAGUAAAAAACUAGGCUGCUGACUUCUGAGUAUUCCUGAGUCUACAACUGUAAAAUUGUAGACUCCAUUGUAAAAUUUGUAUUUUUUCAUCAAUCUGACAAGGCACAAAUAUGUGCCAGAUAUACAAAAGCAAUGUUUCUAGAAAACAGCUAUCAUGGAUGGGAAUAACUGAAUUUACUCUCAGAUCUAUUGGCUAUAGUUAUCUGGACUCAACCCAUGUAUCCAGCAGAUGGGAAAAAACAAAAGCCAAAAUAAGUUUUUUAGUGUUUCCUUCUGAUGAAGUUUCAUGUUUGCUUGUAAUAAUCUCCAUUUCUCAAAUAUUAUGUUCCAUAAUAGACAUACAUUAUGUUUAAUUUUUUAUAUUUUCUGACAAAAGUAACUAAAACUAGGACCUUAAAAAGAUUUAGAAUGUUAAAUAAGUGUACUAGGGUGUAUAUAUUUACAUAUAUACACUACUAGAGCUUCCAAAAGUAAAAUGGAUAAUUCAAACAGAACACAAUGUAAUGUUUGUAUGUAAAUAACUGAGGAGGAAAAUCCAUGCUUUUCAUGGGCUAGGAUGGUUUCUCCCAAGAGAUGACAUAGUAUUGCUUUUGCUCAUCAGGCUGUUUCUCAGCAAUCAUUGUUUCUGCUUAAUACCAGCUCCUAGUACGAAUUAUCUGGCAUGUUGUUGAGAGCAACUUUGUCUUCAAUUAGGACCUGAUCUAUCUUUUUCCACAAAUGUCAUGUGUGUGAACAAGUUUCUUCCAUGUCAUCUUUGAGACUCUACACAGAAUACACAAUAAAGGGAGUUAUUUUUAAAAUAAGACGUUCUAAAGUAAAUAAUAAAUAAGGUCAUUGUCAACGUUUUUCAUUCAAAACCAUUUUUUAAGGUAAAUUUGCUAGAACCACCUUGCAAUUCCAAGGCAAGGAGAGACAUAACAACCCUGACUCAACUAGAUAGGCUAAGGUUUCUGAUAAAAUCUGAAGAUAUAGAAAAUGGAAUAUUCUGCUUUUUUCUUCCUUCUAAUUUCACCCUUGCCUAAGGAUGAGAUUUCUUCCCGGGUUGGUAUUCCAGAAAUGCAGACUGUAGCUAUGGGGCGGAAGCUUUGUUUCUUUACCUGAUCACUUGCUGUGGAAAUUCUAGCUUAUUGUGUUCCAAGUAGUUAGUGGUUUUUCUCCUUCAGUCUCCACUGUUAUUUUGCUCCUUCAUCCCUCUUUCCUUGCCAAUCAUUAGAAAGGAAAGAAGAGGAAAGAGACACGGCUGGAGCACUGGUGAGUCUCUAGGACCCUGCUAUCCUAUCCCAACAGGGCUGUCAGAAGGAGAACUCCUAAUUUGGCCAUUUGAAACACGUCUCAACAUUGAAAUAGACAGUUGCAGUUUUAAAAUAACCUCUUCUAAGACACAGCUAUGAGUAGGUAAGAGAGCAUUCAUUCCCUUCAAUAAUAUGACUGUGUUGAUAAAACUGAUAUCCAUUCACUUGCAAAUUUUAUUAUUGAAUAAGUCUCACUUAGCUCAUUUAAUAUUACCCAAAAGAUGCUAACAAAUUCUGUUUCCCACAUUAUCACAGCAUGCCCUUUACAUCUCAGGAUCCAGGCAAAAGUUGAAAUUCAGAAACAUAGAUAUGAAGUGUAAGAUACAAAGAAAACACCUCUGCAAAGAUUCCGACCACAUUUAUCAAAAAGUCCCCAAAGCAUUCAAAAUCUUUACUUAAGUCAAGUCUAUUUAUACGUUUAAAAGCUAAAAACAAGAUCUUUUUGGUAAUGCUUCAAUUAAAUGUUUUAUCUAAAUAUGUGGAAAUGAUAAGAUGCGUACUGCAUCUCUCACAUAAUAAAGAUAAUCAGUUUUAUACAGACAUAUUCUCCAUCUACUGGCAAUUACCAAGAUAAGAUGGCACUAGAAAUUUCUCCAGCUUACGCCAUGAAUACUGCAGAAGCUGAUACUAUCCGUUGUGGUUUUACAAAUUCUAGAGGUUUCUAGCCAAAGCAACCUAAGAAUAGGACAUGGUAGCUUAAGUUUUUCAGCUUCUCAACUGGCCACACACACGCAACUUGUGGUUGUACAAUUCUUGAGGUCAAUCAGAACCAAAAAAUCUGUUGCUGGAAGAAAUAUUAUCCUCUUCAUAGAAAUAUCCACCAGCAGAAAAUUGGUUUCUCAAGGAAUCCCUACUGCCCUUGUAGAAACAUCAAGAUUCUUGCCUGGAUUCUCAACAUAAGUCUUUACUCACAGGCCUAUUGCUUGGUUUCAGAUGAGUGAGAACAUGAAAGUUCAUAAAUGCCUGGACCACUGCAACUCUAACCACUGUGUUUCCCCCAGUUUGAUAUGGUUCAGGAUACAUAGUCAUAGAACAGGGCAUGCAGAUUGUAUUUAAGACCACUGCAAGUAAGGUCUAAGGCAAAAGUCAAUUAAUGAGUCUGACUCUGGGACAUCCAUUUAAGAGCCAUUUAAUCCAU